CUUCUCUUUUUUCUCACUCUAUCUCUAGAGCAAAUUCUCCAACUUUCCCCGCGUUAACAACAAAUACAAACAAAAAUCUAAACUUUUCUUCAUUUCCAAAUUACAAAUCCCAGAAAACUCUACUCCUUUCCACCAAAUUAAACUACUUAAAAACAAUGAAGAUGCACUUGUCAACUUUAGCUUCUACCAAUAGCCAUGGUCAAGACUCGUCCUAUUUCCUUGGUUGGGAAGAGUAUGAGAAAAAUCCUUACCUUGAAUCCGAUAACCCGGAUGGUAUGAUCCAAAUGGGGUUGGCUGAAAAUCAGCUUUGUUUUGAUUUACUUGAAUCAUGGCUUACCAAUAACCCAGAACCCGCUUCGUUUACCCAUAAUGGUCAAUCGGUUUUUAGACAUCUUGCUCUCUUCCAAGAUUAUCAUGGCCUUCCUGAAUUCAAAAAAGCUUUCGUAAACUACAUCUCAAUGUUAAGGGGAAAUAAAGUAUCAUUUGACCCUAAGAACCUUGUUCUCACUGCUGGGGCUACUUCAGCAAAUGAGACUCUCAUUUUUUGCCUUGCUUGCCCUGGGGAGGCUAUCCUUAUACCUACACCAUACUAUCCAGGGUUUGAUAGAGAUCUAAAGUGGAGAACAAGAGCAGAAAUAGUACCAAUAAAGUGUACUAGCUCAAACGGAUAUAAGAUCACAAAAUCAGCCUUAGAAGAAGCAUACAACUCCGCCAAGAACCAGGGUCUAAAGGUUAAGGGUGUUCUUGCCACAAACCCAUCAAACCCACUUGGAACAACCUUAUCAAAAGACGAAAUCACCCUCCUACUCCAUUUCAUUUCCACCAAAAACAUCCAUCUAAUCAGUGACGAAAUUUACGCCGGAACUGUCUUUAAUGGACCUGGAUUCAUGAGCGUCAUGGAAGUUCUAAUGGACAAGAAAUGGGCCCACAACAAAGAAUUAUUCAAUCAUGUUCAUAUCGUAACAAGUUUAUCCAAAGACUUGGGCCUUCCCGGGUUCCGGGUCGGAGCUAUUUAUUCCAAUAACCCACUUGUAGUCUCAGCUGCCACAAAAAUGUCAAGUUUCGGUCUUAUCUCGUCGCAAACCCAAUACCUUCUCGCAAAAUUAUUGUCCGACAUAAAAUUCAUGGAAUCCUACAUAUCCCAAAACCAACGUCGACUCAAGACCCGACACUCAAUAUUAGUGUCGGGUCUAAAAAAAGCCGGUAUUAACUGUUUAGACAGUAAUAGCGGUUUAUUUUGUUGGGUAGAUUUAAGGCAUUUGCUAAAAUCCCCAACAUUUGAAUCCGAAAUGGAGUUAUGGAAAGAAAUUGUGUACAAUGUUAAGCUAAAUGUUUCGCCCGGAUCAUCAUGUCAUUGUAGCGAACCCGGUUGGUUUCGGGUCUGUUUCGCUAACAUGUCGGAUAAUACCAUGGAUCUUGCUCUUCUACGUAUUAAAGAUUUUGUUGAUUCGAAAAAUAAUAAAAAUAAUCAUCAUGCAAAGAAGAAUUCAAGAAGAAUAAGAUCUUUGAGUAAGUGGGUUUUCCGAUUGUCUUUCGACGGGGAUAAAGUGCCGGAAGAACGAUAAGACAACGACAUCCAAAAUAUCUCAGUGUAAAAAAAAAAAUAAAAAAAAAUAAUUGCGUUGAUGAUUAUAGUUAAUUAGUUAGUGUGAACACUAAUUAUGCGUAUGUGUCUGAGUAAUUAAUUUUUUCCUGCCAUAAGUGAUGAUUAAUUAGCUUGGUGAUAUGCAGGGUGAAUAUUUAAUUUACUGUUUUUGGGAGGGUCGGCCUUAUUUUUGAGGGAAUUGAUUUAAAAGUAAGAUAUCAAUUCCUUUUUAGAAGAAUUAUUGUUAUUAUUAUAUAUAUGAAACGACUAGCUAGCUUUGA